AUCUCUUUCAACCCAACGUAACGGCUGCCCGGGUGACGUUUUCGAACGCACCUCUGCAAAUUAACAUUUUGCACAACGCUUGCAAUAUCUAUAGAAUCGGAGCCGAGCAAAAAAUAACACGAUGGGUGUCCCCGAACUGGAUACGGAAGAAGCGUUCGACCAAUUUGUCAAGACCAAGGAGCUUACCGUCAUUCACUUUUAUGUACCAUGGUCACAACAGUGUACCAAAACAAACGAUGUGUUGGAGGAGAUGUGCAAGGUAGAGCAGUACAAGGAUGCAAAGAUUGCCAUGAUCGAGGCUGAGAACAUGGCCACAGUAUCUCAAAAGUUUGGAAUAGCAGCAGCACCAACUAUCCUCUUGUUGAGAAACAGUCGUGUAGUAGACCGAAUAAAUGGCUUCGAUCCUACCAAGUUAAAUGAAAGAGUUACUCACCACUUAAAUAACAAGGAUCUGUCAUUCAGUGAUAUAACUAAACCAAAGGAACCUUUAGAGGACAGACUGAAGAAACUGAUCAAUCAAGCAUCCUGUAUGUUGUUCAUGAAGGGUAACCCUGAGCAACCACGAUGUGGUUUUUCCAGGACCAUUGUUUCCAUCUUAGAUGGCUACAAAGCUGAUUACCAGACAUUCGAUAUACUUAAGGACCAGGAGGUUAGGGAGGAACUCAAAAAGUUUAGUAAUUGGCCAACAUAUCCUCAGUUGUAUAUAAAUGGAGACCUAAUCGGUGGAUUGGACAUUGUGAAAGAAAUGAUUGAGUCAGGAGAGUUAGAAAGUAUGUUACCGAGAAAAGAUAGUGCUAAAGGACAGUGAGUUACUGAUGUGUCUACCUAAACAGAAUUUUUUUUUAAUAAAAAGUACUUUUAAAAUAAAUCUCCCUCACAUGUACACACAUAUAUACACAUAUGUAUACAUAUAUACACAUGUAUACUUGUAAAAAAGAAUAUAUUAAGUCACAAAAUUUUUUAAAUAGCAAAAUAUUUUUUUGCAAAAGUUAAACAUCAUCACAACUGCAACUUUAAUUACUAAUAUUUCUUCCAAGUUAUUUUGUAUUUAUAAUAUGCCCUAAAAGUUAUUUUAUUCAAGUGAUGCAAUAUGUGUAUGAAUUAAAUUUUACAAUAAAUUUAUUUGAAAUGUAUGUGAUAUGUGGGUGAUUUAGUAUCAAUAUUUUGCCAUACAUUAAUAUGCAUAGAGAGCAUAAUGUGUGUUCAACAGAGAGAUAUAAUAAAGACCUGCAUUUGUAGACCUUUUACAAAGAAGGGAAUGUAUCAUAACUGAUAUAAAUAAACAAAGGCUCUGAUUAUACAAUAAAAA